CGUACCUGCAAUAACCACCAGAGAUGACUAGAUAGCUAUUAACGGAGCCUACAGUUCGAUAGAGCAGCUCGAAAGGCCUUCUGCCGAUAAUUUGAAGACUCGAAAGCUACUUCCCAUCGUCGCCGCCGUCAUUGAAGUCUUGGCCAAUCGCAGCGUAUCCGUUUGACAAGCAACCUCCAAACCCAGAAUUCCAAGCUCGACAACAGCCACCUUACUCGACAGCACCACCCACCUUGCCAGCGACCUCUAGCGCCCACGAUGGCCAGCACAAAGCCAAUGACGAUGCUGGUACGCGGCCGACCAGCUGCGACACUGCUCAGACAGUCGCAAUUCGCGUCAGGACGCCUCCCAUCGCCGGCUACUGUCGCCUUCUUCUCCACCACGCUCUCUCGAGCCGCCACCCCAGCAGGACCACCGCCGCCGGGCUUCCGGUUACCCAGGCCAAAGCGAUGGGAUGAGGGAGAAGGUGCAUUGGACCGCGCGGGCAAGUACUUCUUGCUCCUGGAGAUGUUUCGCGGCAUGUAUGUGUCGAUGGAGCAGUUUUUCCGACCACCGUACACUAUCUUCUACCCCUUCGAAAAAGGCCCCAUCUCACCCCGCUUCCGAGGCGAGCACGCUUUACGGCGGUAUCCUACGGGGGAGGAGCGCUGCAUUGCUUGCAAGCUCUGCGAAGCCAUCUGCCCUGCGCAGGCUAUCACAAUCGAGGCUGAAGAGCGAAUGGAUGGUAGCAGGAGGACGACUCGCUAUGAUAUCGAUAUGACCAAGUGCAUCUACUGCGGUCUCUGCCAGGAGAGCUGCCCUGUCGAUGCGAUUGUUGAGGGACCAAACGCUGAAUACGCGACUGAGACAAGAGAAGAGCUUUUGUAUAACAAGGAGAAGUUGCUUUCAAACGGAGACAAGUGGGAGCCAGAAAUUGCAGCGGCCGCUCGCGCGGAUGCGCCAUACAGAUAAUGGGAGGCGUAGAGGAUGCCAAAAUGUAAAUAUAAUGGUGCAGCCCAUGUCUGACACAGCGAUUCAGAUCUCCUUUGUCAAUGUACAAGAAGCCAGUUCAAGUUCUUCUAUAUGGCUUUUACACUGCUCAAAAAUUCUCGAUUUACACUUGCAGGAAGAAAUGAUUUGACACAGACUAUGAUUCAGCGUACGUUGAAGUGUGUUAGGUAGUCUCCCCAUCUCACGAGCGAGCAUGGAAGAGAUGAACCCGGUAUACAGCCAUGGAUUGUGGAGCGCCAUCGAUGUGCGGUAACGACGAGAGACGUCAAGGUGCGACGUU